AUGAUGCUUAUAUUUUGGUAUUAUUUACUAAUAUCACUAUUUUUAGAUAUAAGCUCAGGAACUUUGCAACGGCAACUAGACAAUAGUGGUGGCUCUAUUGCUAUGAAUACAAGCUCAGUACUUUUGCAACGGCAACUGGGCAAUAUCGGUGGCUCUACGAAUACAAGCUCAGUACCUUUGCAACGGCAAUUGGAUAAUAGUGGUGGCUCCAUAAGUGGCAACAGAUCUUUGAAUAAAAGCUUAGAACCUUCAUGUUCACGAUUAGAUGAAUGUAGUGGAUCUUUAA